GAGUUUCUUCAGGGAGUGAAGAAAAGCCUAUGAACUGUUGGGAGAUUCUAAAUCUUUCCUUGAGAUGUCAGCCAAGAGCUUCAGCAUAGUCACAGCUGCUGCAGUGCUUAUUCUCUUCCAAAAGACACAGCUCUCAGUGCAAGCACCGUUAAAUGGAUCUAAGUGGUCUUACAUUGGUCCUGAUGGAGAGAAAACUUGGCCCAAGAAGUAUCCAUUUUGUGGAGGAGUAUUCCAGUCUCCAAUAGAUUUUCAUAAUGAUAUUCUCCAAUAUGAUACCACUCUCUUACCUUUAGAGCUUGUAGGCUACAAUGUGUCCUCCACUGACCACUUCAUGUUGACCAAUAAUGGUCAUUCAGUAAGAAUGAGUCUGUUUCCUACCAUGCACAUCAGAAACCUCCCUUUCCAAUACACCGCAACUCAGCUUCACCUACACUGGGGAAACAGGAACAAGCCAGAAGGCUCGGAGCACACAGUCAGUGGAAGGCAUUUUGCUGCUGAGCUUCAUAUUGUACAUUAUAACUCUGAUAAAUAUCCCGAUGUAACAGCAGCAAUAGACAAAUCAGAUGGGCUAGCAGUUUUGGCUAUUCUCAUUGAGGUAAGAUGCAUGCCUUCAUUGAGAGAAGUGUGAUUAAGAAUACGGAAUUAAAAUGGAUCCUCUCUUUCAGACCAGGUAGCUCUAGUCCCAGGUUUUGACAUCCAAGAACUGCUUCCUGACCAACUGGAUGAGUAUUAUCGCUAUGAAGGAUCCCUGACCACUCCUCCUUGUUUCCCUAGUGUUCUCUGGACAGUUUUCCGACACCCGGUAAAAGUUUCACAAGAACAGCUGCUGGCACUGGAAACAGCUCUGUACUGCACACAACCCAAUGACCCCGCACCCCUGGAAAUGGUUAAUAACUUCAGACACAUUCAGGAGUUUGAUGAAAGGCUGGUUUCUGUCUCCUUCCGUCAAGGUGUUGUCCUUUCAGUUGUGUUAGCCAGUGUUCUUGGAGUUAUCAUCAUGCUUGUAGUAGCCUUUUGGCUGCUUAGGAAGAAGAGUUGCAAAAAGGAACGAGAAGACAACAGAAGAGUCAUCUACAAGCCAGCCUUUGACAAAGAGGAUGACAACACCUCUAAAGUAUGAAUUCCUACUCUGCCACAGCAGUCUCUUUUCAUUCAUGGCAUCAAGAGAAGUUUGCCUUGGGCAACAUAUUUCUUGUCUCCAGCCAGUUAUAAACCUUGGAUGCACUUUUAAAACAAAGCAGCCAAAACACUCUGUGGUACUCCUUGCCCACCUGAACCAAACCAGUUUUCUCCUAAGCAUGAAAAGCAGUCAGAGAACUUUUUUGUUUUUAUGACAAAUAUGACAAAAUGUCACUGACAUGAAGAAAUGUCCAAAAACUACACACCUGUUAAAGUUUGUCCUAAAUUAUCUGGCAAUCUAACCAAAUGCUUGUCUAUUUGCACAAGAGCUUAGAGAGAUGUAAUCAGCCAGUAUUCUGGCUGGACUUGAAGGCCAUUUUCAUAGAAUCUUAGAAAUGCCGGGCUGGAAGAGACCUUGAGAAAUUCAUGUUGGGCCUUUUUAAUUUAUUAAUUAAUGAUAAACUUGAGCUUUAUAGGCUGUUCAUGCGACAUAUUUCCCACAAAACAUUGAAGUCUAAAGACAUUCAUUAAUCAGUUAUCACUACUGUAUGGGGGUGUCUAUAUCCACUUCCCCACUAAAAAUUAGAAUUGGGUGCUUCUCCAACAGUGGGAGGUUUAGCAGGAGCGGCACCAGGGUUUUUGCCACCUUAGGCAGCAGCACUCCUACUCUGAGCAUUCGGCGACGGGGGUCCUUUCACUCCACGUCUUCGGGGCACUUUGGCGGCAGGUCCCAGAGCAAGUGAAGGACCCCCCAACGCCAAAUUUCCACCGAGGAUGGCAAAAUGCCACCCCCCAAAUCCUGCUGUCCUAGGUGACCGUCUAGGGUCGCCUAGUGGAAGCGCCAGCCCUGAGCUUUCGUAUAAACCAGGUCUCCUAGACCUGUUAGUGUAGAUCAACCAGUAGCAUGGUUUAUAUGAUAGUUGUUAAUUGCAGUGGACAGUCUUCUAUACUAGCACAGCCAUUGGUGGAGCUGCAAUAGUGGGAAAUAUUAGGGGGAAGAGGCUAGCAUAGAUAUAACCAAAGCCUCUUGCCCAGUCAGUGGGGUUUGAAUCUAGAACUUCCAGUGUUAGACAUUUAUGUCUCUCUACUACUUGUGCUAAAGACUCCUAAGCUAGUUGCUGUAUAAGACUCAUUACCUGUUAUGUGUCAAUUGCUAAAGGGUGAGGAAAAUGAUACUCUCCUUGUGUGAUUUCCAUAGAUACAACCUAAACCCUUCCUCACAUUUUAUUGUGCUAAUUUUAUUUUAAAUUUGUGCCUGAAUGAUGGGGGGAUAAUGCAAUUACUACUUUUAAUCAGUCUGCUUUCCAUUAUAAUCAUGAAGCUGAUUCUUUUGAUUGUAUGAAAUGAGUAUUGACUUAGUUGUCUAAAUUUAGCAAUUUAAUUAUUAGAAGAGAAAAUGUAUUUAAUUAGAAUUAUUGUCUGAGAUCUCAUAAAAUGAAUAUAGUUAAAGUUUUC